AUGCAGAAGGAAAUGGAUGUUACACCCAAGGUCGCUUAUGUUCUUCAAGGAGCUGGAACAGCCGGAAUCGUUCUCCCUGAGAAAGAGGAGAAAGUGAUAGCAAUCAAGAAAGGAGACUCCAUAGCCUUACCUUUUGGUGUAGUGACAUGGUGGUUCAACAAUGAAGACACUGAGCUAGUCGUCCUCUUCCUUGGCGAGACUCACAAGGGUCACAAAGCAGGACAGUUCACUGACUUUUACCUAACCGGUUCCAAUGGAAUCUUCACCGGAUUCUCAACUGAUUUUGUAGGCCGAGCAUGGGAUCUUGAUGAGACCACCGUGAAGAAGCUCGUUGGUUCUCAGACCGGUAAUGGAAUCGUCAAGGUUGAUGCGAGCUUGAAGAUGCCUGCACCAAAGAAUGGUGACCGUGAAGGGUUUGUGUUGAAUUGUUUGGAGGCUCCUCUUGAUGUUGACAUUAAGAAUGGAGGAAGAGUUGUUGUUUUGAACACAAAGAAUCUUCCUUUGGUCGGUGAAGUUGGGUUUGGAGCUGAUCUUGUGAGAAUUGAUGGACACUCCAUGUGUUCUCCUGGAUUCUCUUGUGACUCGGCUCUUCAAGUUACUUACAUUGUUGGUGGAAGUGGUCGUGUUCAGAUUGUUCGUGCGGAUGGGAAGAAAGUUCUUGAGACUCAUGUGAAAGCUGGUGCUUUGUUCAUUGUUCCUAGGUUAUUUGUUGUCUCCAAGAUUGCUGAUUCUGAUGGCUUGUCUUGGUUCUCCAUUGUGACUACUCGCGAUCCCAUUUUCACACAUUUGGCCGGGAGGACAUCGGUGUGGAAGGCUUUGUCGUCGGAGGUUUUGCAGGCAGCGUUUAACGUGGAUCCGGAGGUGGAGAAGGCUUUCCGAUCUAAAAGGACCUCUGAUGCCAUUUUCUUCCCCCCUUCCAACUAAAUACAAUGAAAGAAGAAGAUUUAAUUUAGUGGUUUAGUUGCUAUGGUUUAAGCAAGUGUUAUGGUUUUUAAUUUAUUUGGGUUUUUAUG